UACUUAGCUCCAAUUGAGCGACUGACCUACCGCACGCGUUCAGUUCAUCAUACUGAACGAACUACAUCGCACGCGUUCACUGAAAAGAAUCAAAUUGCCCAAGCCUAGUUCCUACCGCGUCCGAGCAAAGCCGACCAUGUGCCAUUUAUUUUCCACGCGCUAACAUCCCGCAACACCACUGUGCGCCGCGUUUUCCGUACGCGUAAAUGAACAAACCACGCCGCCGUAUGCAAAACCAAUUCGCAUCCACACCGUGAAGGUUAGCAAUCAUUCUCGUGGGGUGUUCACAUUCCGACCCGAAACGCUGGGCUGGCGCGUGGUGAGUUUAUCACCGUGCCGCGAGGAUGCAACCAUGGCUGCGGGUGUCGCUGCUGCUGUGCGUCUUCGGGUUCUUCCGGGAGCUGCGCGUUUCCGAACCGUUCGUCACCGAGUUCCUGUCGGGCGAGUGGCGGGACAUCGAGCCGGAGCAGCUGAACCGCGACGUCUACCCGAUCGGCACGUACAGCCAGGUCGCGCUGCUCGUGUUUAUGUUUCUGCUCACGGAUGUCCUCAGAUACAAAUCGAUAAUUGUGUUUUCCGCCUGCUUGGGCAUCGUCAUCUGGUCGUUGCUGCUGUGGACGGAAUCGUUAGCCGCACUGCAGGUCGUGCAAGUGCUGUACGGUGCCUACAUGGCCUCGGAAGUGGCCUACUACACGUACAUCUACGCCAAGAUUAGCCGGGAAAAGUAUCAACAGGUGACUGGCAACACGCGGGCCGCCAUCCUGCUCGGCCGCUUCCUGUCCGGCGUUAUCUCGCAGGUACUCGUUUCCACCGGUGCGAUGAACGUACGCGACCUGAAUUAUAUUACACUCGGCACGCAAGCCGUUUCUCUGCUUUGGUCAUUUUUGCUGCCACCGGUAAAAACCAGUGUUUACUUCUAUGCUCGCGAUGAGGACACUAAGCCGACCGAUGGAAUGGUGGCCUGUGAUCCUGUACCAACGCCACAGCAGAAGGAACAGGAGCAAAAAGCGCAGGAUCAGUUGGAGCUCCACGGUGACAAUGGAUUGGAUGCUUCCCAGAAGGUUUCCCCGGACCGCACCACCCCAAAUAAUGAACCCAACGAAUCCGUCGAAAAUGGCACCGCAACCGCAAAAACCAUCGACGCCCAGCCGAAGGCACGAUUCUCUGCCUCCCGCGCUGUGCGACUGCUCUGGAAGCAUCUCAUCUCCGCCUACCGGCAGCUGCCCGUCGUCCAGUGGAGCCUCUGGUGGGCGCUAGCGAUGGCCGGCUUCAUCCAGGUGCAGGUGUACGUGCAGCUGCUGUGGCACGAGAUCGACCAGCAGCAGGGCACUCUGUUCAACGGGGGUGCCGAGGCACUGCUCACCCUGCUCGGUGCGAUGAGUGCGCUGGCGGCAGGUUACAUCGCCAAUCGUAUCUUCGAACAGUGGGCCCUCUGGAUACUGACGGUUUGCUCCGGGCUGCAGGGUGGACUCAUCUUUUACUCCGGCUUUGCCACCAACAUUUGGGUGGCGUACGUGCUUUACAUUCUGUUCGGCACGCUGUACCUGUUUAUGGUCACGAUGGCAAGUGCGAUCGUGGCGAAAUAUCUCGAAGAGGACAGCUUCGGGCUGAUCUUUGGCAUCAACAUGUUCGUGGCGGUCGGUGUGCAGGCACUGCUAACCCUGGCGACGAUCUCGGAGCGCGGCCUGAUGCUUGACCCGCGGGACCAGUUCAAGGUGUACGGUGGCUACUUUUUGGUGCUCUCGAUAAUCUACCUAAUUGCCGCCAUCGCCGCCAGCGCGGCCCGUGUGUGGCAAUUGCGAAGGGAAGCGCGAGCCGCCUCCACCAAUGCCGGUGUGGAAGGGUCAGUUGCAACAGCGGAACGAUGCGAACCGGCGACCGUAAGUGGUUGAAUGGAAUAAAAAAAAAAACAAACUGACAUAGAAACGCUUCAAACACAACUUCGUCAUUUAGAGGGAGGCUUCGGUCUGCCGUCUGGCGAUUCCAUUCGCUCCUUUGCCAUUGCUUCCCAGCGGCGACGUCGUCUGUCAACCGUUAUUCGAAUGAUCGAAAAAGAUGGAAAGUUAUACACAAAAUACAUACACACACACACAUAUACGCCCCUCGGCCGAUUGAAACUGAAUCCACUCAGCGGCAAAACACACCGGAAACACUUCGGUCAAUCGUUUUGGUUCCCUUGGCAAACUUCCCCCAGCCGCAUGAGGCUAGUUGUGGAGAGGGAGUGGGUGGUUGGCGUUUUCGGAACGUCGGAUAGUUUUGAAGCCGUUGCAUCCGGUGGGUAGGAAAUGUUUUCGGGGUAAGCUACAGUGAGGGCUGUUCUAUUUUGGGCGGUGAAUACGAUGCUUUCGCCAGCGGCAUUCAAUUGGUUUUUGAAGACCUCUCGGGCCAGUCCUGGAGCAUAGACGUCAAGUUGUUCGAUCUCCUAACAUGUCUAUACAUAAUUUAGACCUACAAACUAACAAACUGACUACGGCACGACUGACUUGCCUACGUAUUAAUCAUCCGAACAAUCGUUGUUAUUUGAAACCUUAAGUAACUUAAUGCGAGCAGCUCUUUACCGACUAUGGUUGUUACACAAAAUUACCAAAUACAGCGGAGCGCCAUUUAUCCGGGUUCAUCGGGACUCGACCUUUCCCGGAUACUCGGAUAACACGGAAUAACACGGAUGAAGAGUAAAAGUAUAUAUUUUAUCGCUAAUUUGUAGUUUAUUUUUGAAAUUUAUAUUCUGUUUUGGGAAAAACCUAGCCAGUUUUUAUUGACUUCAUGUUUUUCCAACAAGAAUAUUUGAAAUGUGUCAUGAAUUAUAGCAUUUUUGGUUAUGAUAAUGUGCUCUGAUAACCUUUUUUUAAGUCAGUUCAAAUUCAUUUCUCAACAAUACGGAUACACGAAAAGCCGGAUAAAAGGUACCCUGAUAAACGGCGCUCACUGUAUGAAUAAGAAAUAACAAAACAUGUUUUCAUUUAGGAAAAUAUCUAACUGAAAUGUUGUUUGAAUAAUCGACUAAAUAGACUCACUACUUAGCACAGCAAACAAAGUGUUCAAUUCUUUCAGAAUAUUAAGAUAAAAGGAUAUGAAUGUAAGAUUGUAUCGCAUCUGGUUCAAACACAAAGAGAAGAGCCUGAACAUUCUUUACCAGGAAGUUCUGUAUUCCGAUCUUUGUGUAACAUUCAACAGUCGUUAAAUAAUCAUUGAUUGCAAAUCGUCACAGAAAUGAUGAAAUGGCAGCAAUAUUCGAUAAAAAAUUAAUCGCACUUACAAAACUCUCCCCCACUGUAGAUAUAGAAGAUAACAUCAGAAAGUAGAACACUCCACUCAACUUCUCAGCAAAGGCGAACUAGCUACCAAUCCGGUUUGAGGUUGAACAGAACAAAAAAACACAUCCUACUAUCCUUCGCCUCAACCCCCAUCUUCAGGACGAAAACUGACGCCAGAGAUGUCCUCUAGCAUCCGGCGCGAACGGACACACACAACCUCACUUGCACAG